UUUGUGAUCAACCACCGGAGGUUCUAAGCACGCUACCAACCACUAGCGCAAGUGCACCACCGGCAGACGUCUCCUAAUGCCCGUCUUCGUCUGACUAACGGCAAAGGAGAAGCGAAAUAUUUUUACGAUCAUUUGUGCGUCAAGGGCCCGAGCCCUUAUCUGAAACACAGAUUUCACGAGUGAGGAAAACGAAAAGUGCACGGAAAAUAUCAAGCCUAUAUUGUUUGCCUGGAAAAUAGUUAUCAUAAAAUUAAAUAUUAAUAAAGAGCCCCAGAACAAGGGAACAUUAAGCAGAACCUCGUCGGAGUAAAUAAUCUCAAGCUCAGUCAGUGUGCGAUUUGUGCUGUGGGAGAAAGCCGAGAAGUGAAGAGCGGGCGAAAAUCAGUGCAAAAUAAAUUGUGCGAGGUUAUGAUUUCAUGUGUAUAAUUUUUGAUAAUAAUUUUUUAUUGAGAAAUAUUGUAUUGUAAUCAAAUUCAGAUCGCAUAGUUGAAGCACUCGCGAGCUUCAUGACUGCUGGAUGCGUGAUUGUGUGUGAACGUUGGGGAAAAGUAGGGGGUUCGGGGUGAAAAACGAUCCACCAAACGAACAGCAUAAAGCAAACAAAGAAUUAAACAGAUUAAUUAUCGAGCUCGGCAGAAUCUGAUUAGUGUGCGAAGCGAGCUUUAGCGGCACGGUGUAAUUAACCAAUAAGCCACCACAAACGGUCUGAGGGCAUAGAAGGAGGGCGGAUACAGUACUGCUCCGUAUCCCUAUCGAGCGAACGAGUGAGUGAGCAAGCGAGCGAGCGCCCAUCGUAAAGAGGCGAGAACGAUACACACGGACCACAGACACCAAAAAAACCGCGAAAAUUUCCGCCUUACUCGACGCCCGCACGGUUCCACAAAAAUUCUGCAAACUGGAACCAUAUGACGUAAGCACGAUGUACGCGUACGCGCAGGGUGGAUCGCAAGGUCCACCACACUACGCUACGCCCAGUCAAGCGUACCUCCCGGCGACCCACCACCCGGCCUACCCGCCGUACCACCCGGGUCCGUCGACUCCGCCGGCGACGAUCACCUCGUACAACAACGUGCCCGGACCGUCGUCCCUGCUAGGUCACCACUAUGCCUCGCCGCAUCAUAUGCCGCCGCCACCGCCGCCCAUUUCGACGGUGACGCAUGCUUCCUCAUCGGCGGCGGCGGCGGCCGCGGCAGCAGCAGCAGCCGCCGCAGCCGCUGCGGCCGGUGUUACCCCUAUGCAGACGGACCAGCAGUUGGCGGACUUGAAUGCGCAGCUGGGAAUUCCCAAGCGAAGAAGAUCUGAUGAGGAUAGUGCUAGUGGGAACAAAUACAACAGAAUGGAAGAGGACAACGUUCAAGAUAAGGAGCGCUUCGCCAGUAGAGAAAACCACUGCGAGAUCGAACGGCGGAGGCGGAACAAAAUGACCGCCUACAUCACGGAACUGUCGGACAUGGUGCCCACGUGCAGUGCCCUGGCGCGGAAGCCGGACAAACUGACGAUCCUGCGGAUGGCGGUGGCGCACAUGAAGGCGUUAAGAGGAACCGGAAAUACCAAUACCGAUGGAUCCUACAAGCCUUCGUUUCUUACCGAUCAGGAGCUGAAACACCUGAUUCUGGAAGCUGCGGACGGAUUUCUGUUUGUGGCUGGCUGUGAUACGGGCCGUAUUAUCUACGUGUCCGAUUCGGUAACACCGGUGCUGAACUACACCCAAAACGAGUGGUACAGCGGAAGCUUCUUCGAUCAUAUCCACCCGGAGGACAUCGAGAAGGUGAGGGAGCAGCUCUCGACGCAGGAGCCGACCAACAGCGGUCGGAUAUUGGAUCUCAAGACGGGCACGGUCAAGAAGGAAGGUCACCAAUCAGCAUCAAUGAGAUUAUGCAUGGGCUCGAGGCGAGGCUUCAUCUGUCGGAUGCGAAUCGGUCCCCUGACGCCGGAAUCGAUGGCCCUGGGUCAUCUCAAUCGGUUACGACGGAAAAACUCCCUUGGUCCAUCACCCGACGGUCACAGCUACGCGGUAAUGCACUGUACCGGCUACAUCAAAAACUGGCCUCCGACUGAUAUGUUUCCAGGUGUGACGAUCGAUCGAGGCCAGGACGACGACCUGCACAACACUCACUGCUGUCUGGUGGCGAUAGCACGGCUUCAGAUUACCUCCUCAACGACGGCCAACGACCUGAAUUCGAACAACCCGAACGAGUUCAUCUCGCGGCACGCCAUGUGCGGGAAGUUCACCUUCGUGGACCAACGGGUGAUCGGGGUGCUCGGCUAUCAGCCGGUCGAUUUGCUAAACAAGAGCUGCUAUGACUUUUUCCACCCGGACGACAUAGCGCACAUGAAGGAGAACUUUGAGCAGGUGCUGAAGCAGAAGGGACAGAUGUUCUCGGUGAUGUACAGGUUCCGGGCGAAAAACAAGGAAUGGGUGUGGAUGCGAACGCAAGCGUAUGCCUUCCUGAAUCCGUACACGGACGACAUCGAGUACGUGGUGUGCACCAAUAGUUCUGCAAAAUCCCUCCACUCGACCCACGAAACGGUGGGGGUAGCCGAUCCAGCCGACACGCCCGUAUCCUACCAGGCCCCCGGGCUGGACUACUCGAUGCCAAGCAGACGCGAAACGACGCCCUCUAGUAGUAUAUAUAAUCCUCACAAUUUGAUUUCACACUUGCCAUCACAACAACCGCCAUCAGCGACAGCCGCGGCCGCCGUGGUAGCCAACGCCUCGAUCCAACGGCCCGACAGUGCGCACAACCCGGUGCAAUAUAGCUAUAAUCCAACGCCUUCUCCUAUCCAAUACGGUUCUCCUGGGACGCCCGGGGCUUCCGGUUCGCUGGGACACAUCUCCAAAACAAACAACACCUCGCCAACGCCUGCAGCGACCGCGUGGUCGCUACGACAGCCCCAACCCGUUACCGAAGGUUACCAGUACAGUGAGCUCAGCCCCAACCGGUCACCGACAGGGCCCACGUACACGCAGCUCAGUGCGACUGGUUCCCGGCAAACGUCGACGUACACGCCAUCCUCCGCGCAGCCUGGUCCCGGCAUCUGGAGCGGUUGGCAAGCGCACCAUCCGGCGGCACCGGAACCGAUGCAAACCAGCAGUAGUAGUGCCAGUGGUGCAGGCGGCGGUGGCGGUGGAAGUAGUAGUAAUAGUUCGGCCAGUACGGCACCGCCGCACAUCUCCCAGCAGGACAUCCCGCCGGAACAUGCUCAACACAUGCAACACCAUCACCCGGUGCUGCAGCAUGGCCACGGUCCGCACAGUCAGCAGCACCACGGGCACCACGCCGGUCAUCCGCAGCACCAUCCCCAUCACCCUCACCAUGCGGCGGUGGCGGCGGCCCACCAGGUGCACCACCCGGGUCACCAUCCGGGACAGCACCAUCCCGGCCAGGGCCACGAACUGUCCGACAUGCUGCAGAUGCUGGACCAGAGCGGGGCGACGUCGUUUGAAGAUCUGAACAUUCACAUGUUCAACACGCCAUUCGAAUGAAAUUUGUUGUACUAUGGUUAUAACAAUUAUAACCAGACGGCGGCGGCGGCGGCAUCCUAUCACAGUGGCAGUGGUAGUGGAGGAGGAAGUGGAUUGGGAAACAAUGGAGGAGGCAGUGGCGGAGGUGGUGGCGGGGGCAUUGGCAGCAGUAGUGGGCUAGGAGGAGGCUUUGUCGGGGGUCUGGGAGGAAUUACCAAUGGGAACCACGGGGUGGCUGCCACGAC